GGAUUCUAUUCGUUCUCGGAUUUGCUUCGUUUGACGAAAACGUUGUUGAGAGUUUUGGACACGUCUUCGCAUCGCAUCGGAAAACGUGGGAACGAUGGAAAGCCUGCAGAUGCGAAAGGAGGGGUUGCCAAAAGCAUUGAGGAAAUGGGAGCCUUGAUCAGCACUGUGGCUCUUGGGGCGUCUGGAGCUGAAGAAACAGGACGAGGCUAUUUGAGGUCUGGAGGAAGAUCGAGGCCUGGUGAGUUGAGCAUCAGUGUUGGGACCUGUGCUCCGACGACUGCGGGAGCGACUUGUGGCAGUUGCAUCACUUGUGACAACCUCACUGGCAACAGUCCGUCGAAAAACGAUAUUCUCAUCAUGGAGACCAAAGUCAAGAUUAUUGAGAUUCUUGAAUUCAUUUUGAACGAGAGGCUAGAUUACAGGAUCAGCAGUCUUCUGUCGAUAUUCAAGCGAGAAUUUUCGGAAAGUGAGCGAGAAAAGGAACGUCAGAAUGACGGCGAUGCUCUUCGGGAAACCGGGAAAGACUCAUUAUCGAAAACUGGCGACUUGAAUGAUGAUCCCAUUUCUCAUUCUUCUGGAGACAAAGGGAUCGACCUGGAGAUCAUCGGCGCACAAGCAGAAGGAAUUUUUGGAGAAAACAAAGAAAGUGCAGAAUUGGAUCUUGAUGGUGACGGAGGGCGAAUGUUGCUUCGAGUCCUAUUCCAGCUAAUCAUGCACGAUUAUCCGCCACUCGUCACCGGCGCCCUACAACUGCUCUUCCGCCACUUCAGCCAACGUCACGAAGUUCUCCAAGCGUUUCGCCAAGUACAGCUGCUAGUCUCGGACGCAGACGUUGAGUCCUACAAGCAAAUCAAAGCUGACCUCGAUGAACUGCGUUUGCUGGUUGAAAAGUCGGAAUUGUGGGUGUACAAAGCGAAGGCUGGGGACGAACGCAGUGGAGCGAGUGGUGAUGCUGGUGACGACAAUGCCGACGGUGACGGAGAUGGGCCAGGGAAAAAGAGCAAAGGGGAAUUGGGUUCGGCCAGGAAGCGAACUGCGACGAGGCAACAACCACUGGUCUUGUCAAAACUGGACGGAGAUUUAUCCUCGAAGUCAAAGAAAAGCUUCUCUUCGAGAGCCCCACUGUUGAGUCCUUCAGAUAGGCAAGGCUCAGCGAUUGACUUGGAUUUAGGUCCACCAAUUGACAUCACUCAAUCUCGUAAUUACAAGACUAUCCAACAGCGGAGGUUAAGGAGAGUAAAGUUUCGGGCUGCUGUGCUUGUUGCAAACGACGCCUUGUACCCGCAAGUACGACAACAUGACCUGAACAUAAGGAUACCCUAUGACAAGAAGGAAGAUGUUAGGAUGAAAGAGCUGAUGAGACUGGCGCAUCAGUUUUUGCAAGGAUUCUGCCUGUCCAAUCCGCAAAAUCAGGCUCUGUUGCAUAAGCAUGUGGACUUGUUUCUCACUCCUGGGCUUCUUGAAGCGCAGACAAUGUGCGUGAUUUUUAGAGACAACGUCAACUUGUGUUCUGAAGUGAGCGAAAGAGUUAUUCAGCAUUUCGUGCACUGCAUUGAAACGCAUGGGAGACAUAUUCAGUACCUGAAAUUUUUGCAAACGAUCGUACAAGCGAAUGGACAAUUCAUACGCCGUUGUCAGGACCUGGCCAUGCAAGAAAUGAUCAAUGCUGGUGAAGAUGUCCUGGUAUUCUACAAUGACAAGUCUUCAUUCAAUCAGUUUUUGGAGUUGAUGCGUUCUGAGAGACAUCGAUUAGACGAAAGCAGUCCAUUACAGUAUCACAUUGAGCUGGUUAAGCUUCUAGCUUUAUGCACAGGCGGGAAAAACGUGUUCACAGAGAUCAAGUGUCAUUCGCUGCUUCCAUUGGAUGACAUUGUGAAUAUGGUGGCUAACAAGGAUUGUAUUCCUGAGGUGAAGGAAGCGUACAUUAAUUUCUUGAAUCAUUGCUACAUCGACACGGAGGUGGAAAUGAAGGAGAUUUACGCUUCUAAUCAAAUUUGGGCGUUGUUCGAGGAUAGCUUUUUAGUUGAUAUGGCUGUGGUUGCAAAUGCGACUUUGGAUAGAAAACACGCCAACACGCAACUGGAAGACUACGUUACCAACUCCAUCAUGAAAAUCGUGGCGACCUUCUUCAAUAGUCCGUUUUCAGAUCAGAGUACAGCAACUCAACAGACUCGGCAGCACGUUUUCGUGAAGUUGUUACAGUCUGCCUUCCGGCUUUCCCAGUGUGAUUGGCUCACGCCUGCCCAGCGGUUCCCCAUAGAAAAUUGCAUAAAAAUCCUCGCUGACAUUGGCAAAAGUCGAACGAUUGCAAUUCCAGUAGACCUGGACACCCAGGUUCAGGCCAUGUUCAACAAAACUGCGCUUCUGACCCGACAUUCGAACAAGUGGUUGUCAGCUGCGAGACUGCCGAGAAUUCCGUCUCCCCCUGUUUCUGUGCCGGUGUCGCAAGGAUUCCUCUUGUCGUCGCACAGACACAUCAUGCGAAAGGACAUGAGUGUGAUUGAAGGAUUGCAUGAUAUAGUUUCAUUGCUUGAAGAUCAGCUGAAACCGUUGGUACAGGCGGAAUCGAGUGUGUUGGUGGAUAUUCUGCACUGGCCGGAUUUGCUGUUUCCGAGUGCUUUGAAAAAUUGGCAGUACAGCUGUGGGUUCGUUGCCAAACUCAUCAAACAUACGAAAAGGCUGCUUGAAGAAAAGGAGGAAAAACUCUGCAUGACUGUUUUGAAGACUUUGAAGGACAUGAUGACGUUCGACUCAGAUUUUGGGGAGAAGGGUGAAGCCUUGAGGCGGAGUUUGCUGAAUCGGUAUUUGGGCCAAGGCGUGAAAAUGCGUGCUAGUAUCGAGAAAAGCAGCGACUCACCCAAGAAAACCCUAACGGUUCAAGUUCCUGGCCUGGAGCUGAGCGAAAAUCCUCUGGAAAACUCGCUUUAUCAAUUCCCUUCCCCGCGAAUCAAGGGUUCUAUUGCCGAAAGAGCAGGGCGUACUUUAUGCGAAAUUCAAUGCAAACUAGACUCCGAAGGGGCGUCGGAAUUGGUAGUGGACCUCGUGAUUCAGUCGUGCGGGAACCCAGACAUUUUUAAGCAGGCUGUCGAGUUGGGGAUCGCUUUAUUGGAAGGCGGGAACCCUAUAUUCCACGACAAGAUGAAAGAAGCUCAAAACACUAUAAAGAACGCCGUGAGCGUGAAUGCAGCGGACAUGGCAAGUAGGGCCAUGACUAACCAUGCUUCUGGGUCGAAUACCCCGAUCCCGGGUUUGGAUGCCCCGGGUUCCCCGUUCUUUGGACGUCGAUCUUCGUCGCAUUACCACACGCCACAUUUGUUGAAUGCUGGGUUGCCGCAUUCUGCCAGUGGACCCAACUUGAUGCUGCCGCCGUCUCCGUCCACGGGGAGCUUCAUAGGGAACGGGGCUCAUCCGGCUGGCAGCUUGAAAACCAAUGGACUGAUAAUGAAUGACGAGCUGAGGGAAGAUUUGAACGCUGCUGCAUUGGCCACAUCGCAUGCCUACAUGACUGUCAGGAGUGGACCGCCAAGAGAUGAUGCAGUGCUGGUUGGCUACCCAGCGAGCUCAGCGCUGGAAGACCUGAUUGCCGAGAAACAGGAAAUGGACCUGCGUUCCAAGGCAGUUUCCGGACCCUUUGUUUCCGGUGUGGUGUUUCCGGGGACUCGUCGACCCGAAGAGAAUACCGAGCUGAGUCAGAAGGUGGUCAUCAUGCAGCCGAUUCUCCGAUUCUUGCAGCUGUUGUGCGAAAACCACAACCGGGUCAUGCAAACAUUUUUGCGACAUCAGAGCAACAAGACUAAUUACAACCUUGUCAGCGAGUCGCUCAUGUUUUUGGAUUGCAUUUGUGGCUCUACGACUGGUGGACUCGGAUUGCUAGGAUUGUAUAUCAACGAGAGUAAUUUCUCUUUGGUCAACCAGACGUUGGAGACGUUGGUGGAAUAUUGUCAAGUGAGUUCCACUCAAGUCUACAUAAAGUUUCCAAAUCCACUUCGUAAAUUGCGCAAUGCCACGGAAUUACUGUAG